UGGAAGCUUGGAGUAAAAGCUCAGAGUAAAAGUAAAAAGAAGAAGAAAGAGGUUUUAUUUUUUAAGUCAAAACAUUGGUCACAACUUCGAAGUUGUGAUUAUAAUAAUAAUUCUUGAAAAGAUUCUGGACUGAUUUUGCAAAAAGUUGAAAAAUGAGUAACGCCAACGUGAUGGAGGUUGAAAUGGAAGGAGCUUCAACUGCAGAAAGUUCGAAAUCGUCCAUGGACACUUCAACAGACGUGACCAAAAAUGUUAUGGCACCUGGGGCAGUUGGUUCCAUUACCUGCUCAUUGCAUCCUCUAGUUAUAAUGAAUAUAUCUGAACAUUGGACCAGGGAGAGAGCCCAAGAGGGAUCUGUUCAGCAAGUCAUUGGAGCCAUCAUUGGCAAACAGAAGGGAAGAAAUAUUGAAGUUAUGAACUCUUUUGAACUGGUGUUCAGCGUUAUAGGUAGCGACAUAGUCAUCGACAAAGAUUACUACAAUAUGAAAGAAGAGCAAUUCAAACAGGUAUUUAGUGAAAUGGACUUCCUAGGUUGGUAUACAACAGGAGAUACCCCCAAUAUUAGUGAUGUGAAAGUACAUAAGCAAAUUAGUGACAUUAUAGAAUCUCCAAUAAUGCUCAAGCUAAAUCCCUAUGAUAAAAAUAUUGAGCACCUACCCGUCAACUUAUACGAAUCUGUGAUAGACCUCGUGAGUGGCGAAGCAACCAUGUUAUUCGUACCUUUGACCUACACCUUAGCGACAGAAGAAGCCGAACGCAUCGGCGUUGAUCAUGUUGCCAGAAUGUCGUCCACCGAUUCCGGAGAAAGUUCCUUAGUGGCCGAACAUCUGACGGCCCAGUACAGCGCCAUCAAGAUGCUGCAUUCUCGAGUUAAACUAGUUCUGGAGUACAUGAAGGCGGUGCAGGACGGACAGCUGCCCAGAAAUCACGAAAUACUGAGAGAGGCUUAUUCGCUGUGCCAUAGGCUGCCUGUUGUUGAUGGCAAACGAUUCAGACAAGACUUCUAUAAUCAAUGCAAUGAUGUCGGCUUGAUGACUUACCUUGGAGCGCUCACUAAGGGAUGCAACGAUCUCAAUCAAUUUGUCAACAAGUUCAACAUACUUUACGAUAGGCAAGGGCUGGGAAAGAGGAUGAGGGGCAUUAUCUUCUGAAGUGAAACUGGAUUCACU